AUGGCUGGUACUGAACUUAGCCCUGCAGCAGCUACUUCUUCAUGUCCUAGUGCACCUGAAGAUGGUGUCACUUCGGGUCCCACAUCAUCAGUUCCUUGUGUGGCUUCACCUUCUUCAGAUAUUGGUCUCGAAGAGCUUGUUAUUCCCACCUCUGAGGUCCCAUCUAUUCCACCACCUCUGAGGUCCCAUUAUAUGCAAACACACUCUAAAUAUGGAAUUUUCAAGCCUAAAGUCUACUUGGCUAUUCUUGAAACAGUACCAUUGAACUUUGCUAAGGAACACCUUAAGAAUGAGGGUUCUGUCAUUCUUUUGAUUCCGAACAGAGGAUUUUGGUCUGUUAAAUUUGAAAUAAAGCACAAAAACUAUAGCAAAAGGAGAGCUGAAUUUAGUUGUGGUUGGAAAGUCUUUGCCAAGGACAAUUAUUUGAAAGUUGGUGAUGUCUGCAUUUUCGAGCUUCUUAAGAGAUCCGAAAAUGUAUUCAAGGUUUUCAUUGACUAUGCUGCUGAUUAUGCAUCCGACUAA